CUCAUUCUGGUGACCCAAAUGUGAUCUACAUGCAUCUGAAUUCACACACACAUAUAUUUCUCAUGCAGUCUACAGGACAUAAAUACUUUUGUCUUUCAGCUCCUGAAAGCAUGAAUCCUCUGUACGUGUCUGCGCUGCUCUAUUUUCUUCUCCUCGGCUUCCUGCCUCCUACAGGAGCAGAGGAGAGUGAUGGAGGAGAGGAGGUGAGGGAGAAACGGAGCCUACCCUACUGGGGCCUGUGGUCGUCAGACUUUUUCGGGUGGCUGGAGGAGCUCCGAGCCCGGGCGGCUCACGACGGGAUGCAGGACCUGGCUCGCACCUUCUGGGCGCACUUCCCCAUCGGCAGUGAGCUGGGCUACGACAGUCCGGAGUCUGACCCUAAACCUGAGAGAUGAGGCAGAGACGGGGUAGAGACAAGAGAUUUAAAAGUCUAUAUGGUGAUGGUUUAAUAAUGUUUACAGUUUAGACCAUCAGUAUCA